AUGGACACCGCUCCCUCUCAAUCAUGCUGCGGCUGCUUCGAUCAUCCUACCUGCGAGGCGCCAUCGUCCGGCCAGUCGGCCGCUGUGUGGACCUGCAUCGAGCUGCUGGUGGUCGUCACCCUGUGCUGGAAGCAGGGGCUGUCUCCUCUCGACGUGCCCGCCACCUACUGCCGCAGGCUGCGCCUCGGGCUGACAGGCAGGACGUGGGCGGACGAGAUUGGGGCUCAGGUGGUUGGAUCAGACGCUCCGCCGCCUGUUGCGACCAAGAACGCGUCAGCGCGGCUACUCGCCGUCUUCUGCACCGGCUCUGCCGCGCUCCUAAUCAUCGGUCUCCGCUCGGGCUUCCUCUGCCGUCCUCCUUCGGUGGGGGAGCUCACAUCGCUUCAGGCGCUGCUCUCUCUCCCGGUGCCACUGAUAUUUCCAGGGCUUGUCGAGGAGUGCUUCUGGCGCUUCAUGGUUUUGCCAGCGGCCGACGAGGCGCCAGCAGGCUGGAGUUCGCAGCACCUCCUCGCGCUGGCUGGCUUCCUGGCCUACCACCUCGACGCAUUGCACUUUGCGCCGCGCUACAUCUUCGUCGACCCGCGCUUCCUCGCGAUGGCGGCGGUGCUCGGCGUUGCGUGCACCGACGCCGCAAUCGCCACGCGGACCGUUUGGGCAGGCGCCUUCAUGCACGGGUUGUGGGUGUGGGCAUGGCUAAACUGCAUGGGCAAGUGUGGAGGUUGA